AUGCCCUCAAAAGAGCUUGUUGGAAUGUCCUCAAGUGACCUUUGUAUUUCAAAUUGUCAAGCUGACAUAACUGAUCCAAGAGACUUGAUGAAUGGUGGAACGUUCUACAUAUACAACAAGGACAAACCUUUUGGUCUGGGUGCAGUAGAGAAUAUACUAAAGAGUUUGGAUCCCAUUGCUGAGGAUUUGAAGUCAAGAAAAUUUUCUCCUUUUCUUCCAUAUUCAUUUAGUAUGCCUGUACCUAUGCUAGGUGAUAAACCUUCAUUGCUUUUACAUGAUCUCCCUGAAUGUGGCAAAGAUGGCUGGACCAAAGCUCAAGAAUUAUUAUCAGAUAACUAUGAUGCAGCAUUGACCACAAUACUUGGUGUUAGUGGUUCUGGGAAAACACACCUUUGCUUUGAAACCCUCUGCCAAAAAUAUGGCUUCUACAUAGUGGCUGCACCUAGUACCUACCUUGGCUCCAGUACCAGGGACUUACAAACAAUAACAGAAGACCUUGAAACAAUGACUCUUCGUUAUGGGAGCCUCAAGCAUACCCAAGAAGCCAGUAUCAUGGCCAAGCAUGCUACUAAAUAUGUUUUGCUUGCUCAGCUACUCAUACUCCAUCGAUUGUUAUCAAAUUGUACUAUGACUCCAAAGGAAUGGCUCCUGUUCCAGCUCAGGCCACAAAAUGAUGUAUUCAGGAGACUCUCUUGGACUUUAUGGCAAUCCACAUACCGUAAUGAGGUCCUCAGCAACUUUACCAAUAUCAAGGAUAAAAUUCUUCCCAAAUGUCACAACUUGACAGGCCAGAAUCAUCUCAUUGUUAUCCUUGAUGAAGCCCAAGUCCUUUUGAAUAAGAUGAAAGAUUUUUUUUUACGGGAGAGUGAACCACAGUCAAAAAUAUACCGGUCUCUUCUUUCUCCUGUGACAACUGCUUUGGUUGGUUCUGACUCAUGUCGUCUCUUUGUGUGUGGAUCAGCUCUCUCUAUUCUACAUUCUGAGGAACUACUUCAAUCUGCAAUUGGCAAGCAUGAGAAGAGCAUACGAUUUACAAACCUGGGUGUCAUUGAUAGUGAAGCAUUCUUUAUCAAGCAUGUCCUUGACUUUACUAAAAACCAACCUGCAAUUCAAGCCAGGGCUAGUAUUGAUACUGCUCUUGAACAAGUACAACAUCAGUUCCUAAGUGAUGUUGAACAAAGCUCAUUCAUUAGUAAACUCACUUCACUUCAAAGCUACAAACCUCAAGUCCUGCAAGUCUUUAAAGAGGCAAGUGCUUCCACACUCCUUGUAGGCAAAGCCAUUAUUAUGAAGGACAGGAAAGAUCUGGAACUUAUGACACAUGGGCUUGCAAUGAUGGAAAAGGAAGAAGCUGCUAAGAAAUUUUUUGAGCUGGCCAACCUUGAAUCUGUUUACCGCACCCGCAUGGUAAUGGGCAUUCUUGUAUCAGAUCAGAGUGGUAGUGGCACCACAUGGGAGAAACUUGUACCAUGGCACCUCUGGAGAGUACUUUUCAAUGGUCAAAUUAGAGUGGAAAAUCAUUUACUCUUCAAAAACCUGAAUAUUCCCAAUUUCAAGGGCCCUGUAUCUUUACACUUACCUGCUGACAAAGACAACUUACCUAGUGCAACCUAUGGCCAAGUCUCAACUCUGAAAUUCACUCUCAGUCACUACCUUGACCAAGUCCUUUUGCCAACUUUGACCAAUCCUC